AUGUCCUCUCCUGUCUACCUCGCCUCGCCCGAAGCGCAGCAGCUAAUCCGCAAGCACGCCGCUGCCAGCAACCUUCCUUCCCCCCCUCUUUCCGUCUCUGACGACGGCCACCUUCUCGACUUUGACGCUUCCGACUUGUCGUUUGACGUUGGUGCCACCCCCGAGUCGACUGCACUCGUGUCUCCCAAGUCGUCGACCAUCUCCCCCGUCCACGCGGUCGGGCCUUCCUUUACCUUUGAGCCACUCGCUCCCUGUGUCCCUCAGAUCUCCCCGAUCUCGUCAACACCCACUCAGGGCACUGGUUCAACCGCCGAAGCCUUAAGCCAGCACCACCUCGAGCGCUACCUUCACUACAAGGCACUCGCCGCUCAGGCCACCGCCGACGCCAACCUCGCCUCACUCCAGCUCAUCAACAUCAACGCUGGUGUUAUGACUGUCCCGGACAUGAACAACAACGACAUGAUGAAGCAGAACAUGCUCGCGCUCCAGGCUCAGUCGGGUCAGCCCACUUAUGCCGACGGCAACGUCGGCCAGCAGCAACAGCAUAGCUUUUGGAACACGACCCUUCAGAUCCAGCAGCGCGCACACCAGCAGGCAAUCAACGCUCACGCUGCUGCCAAUGCCCACCUCCAGGCUCAUGCCAACGCCAAUGCCAACGCUGCGCAGCACAACCUGUCGAUGGGCACCUACUAUAUGACGCCCACCCACCUCCAACAGCCGCUGAGCGCCGGUGCCAUGGCACAGCCCAUGGCACAGCCUCCGUCCCUCUGGUCCCGCGAGUCGGUAUCCACCUCCGUCUCUGGUGGCUCGCCUCCUUAUCUCUCCACUCCGAUCUACCCCUCCAACGGCCUUGCUCUCCCCACCAUCACUGGCGACGACGACAUGGAGGAGGACGAGCUCGUUUCCGACGGCAAGAUGUCCUCGUCUACCUCGGUCACUAACCUCCACGGCGGCGGCCGCGGGUACGUUCCGGGCAAGACGCCGGACGACCCGCGCAAGCGCCACAAGUGCAACGUCUGCGGCCGCGGCUUUGCCCGUGCAUUCAACCUCAAGUCGCACAUGCACACGCACGACCCCGGUCGCCCGAAGCCUCACCAGUGCCCGCACUCGAUGUGCAAGCGUUCGUUCUCGCGUCUCCAUGACCUCGAGCGACACCGCCAGGGUAUCCACUCCGACGGCCCCCUCGUCGACGCCAAGCGCCAGGGCGUUUCGCCGUCGGUAGUCCGCGCGCAGAGCCGCAUGCGCUCGCGCGCCGAGUCGGGCGGCCUCAUCUGA